AUGUUCGGAAGUCGUCGGUGCCGGUUUAACGCUUCUUCAGUGUCAGCGAACAUUUUGAGAGGAUCCUUGAAGUACGCUAUAUUUAUGGGAAUCAUCUGUUUCAGCGUGAAGAGAAAUGGAAAUAAUGGUCCAUUGGUGGCUAAGAAUCGAAAGUUUUACACAUGGUUCUGCCUGAUUUCAAGGAUUUUGAUCUGUGGCCUAUAUUGUAUCCUAAUUUACGAUUUCAUCUACACGAUUAGUAUUUCACAGUUAAGGUUUAUCGUUGCCAGUCGGUUCUUCAUCUGUGUUGUCUGCGCUAUCUCCACUCUAAUGAUGCAGUACUCGUAUGGACAUAUAAUUGUUGAUGUGGUGAAUCGGUUUCUGCGACUGUUACAAAGGAUAAACGCACUUCCAGGAUGUCAAGAUAUAGGCUAUGGCGACAAGUGGGUGCUGGUCUUACUGCUCGUGAAAGUCAUCGGCUUGGCUUACGAGCUUUGCUACCUGAUUCCAUUGCUAUUUUUCGAGUAUAGCAGUGUUUUAGCUGUAUCUGUUAUUUGCGAUAUAUAUAAUACGGCCAAUGUCUACAUAAUACUACAUAUCUACUUCGUGGCAUACCUCAGCAUAGGCAUCGCUUAUGACCAGGUCAACAAUUAUAUUCGAUAUAAGCUUCGGCGAGAUCUUUGCGAAGUAAAUUCGAGACCCGGAAUCCCUAUUAGUCAGAGGAAGCUAAAAACCGUUGGCCACUGCCUCAACGAGUGCUUGGCCAUCUAUGAGGAGAUUCACGAAGUGGGAAAAGUUUUUCACGAGCUAUUCGAUUUCCUGCUAUGCAUUAUUGUAUUGUUUGGGUUCUUGAGCUUGGCGUCAAUCGCAUUCUUUGUGAUGCUUAAUCUAUAUAACGGCAUCCGCUUAUUGAUACUGGCGAUUAAAAUACUAUUGGAUAUUUUAUUGCUGACUAUCGCGGUUCAUAUUGCAAGCAGCAACUCGAGGGUUAUUCGGCUGCUCAGCUUCGAGAAUUGCUGUGUGAGCGAGAGUAAAGAUUGGCAUAUGAAGCUGGAAAUGUUCUUGAGUCGUUUGAAUUAUAAGGAAUUUCGUCCUUUGGGUCUUUUUGAAGUAUCCAACGAGAUGAUAUUGGUGUUUAUGUCCGGCCUGGUCACCUAUCUCACCUACAUAAUACAGUACGACAUGAAAACUAAUCCAACUUGA